CCAGGUGUAAGCCGAUCCCCCAAGGGCUGCGAGCAGCAACGGGUGAAGGCGACGGUUUCGGUCCGUGGGUUCUUCUCCGCCAUCGCCCGGAGCGCGGCAGCGAACCAGCCACCAUGUCGAUGGGGUUGGAGAUAGGCGGGGUGGCCUUGUCAGUGCUGGGUUGGUUGUGCAGCAUCAUCUGUUGCGCAUUGCCCAUGUGGAGGGUGACGGCCUUCAUCGGCAACAACAUCGUGACGGCCCAGAUCAUCUGGGAAGGACUGUGGAUGAACUGCGUGGUGCAGAGCACGGGGCAGAUGCAGUGCAAGGUCUACGACUCCAUGCUGGCCCUGCCGCAGGACCUGCAAGCCGCCCGUGCCCUCCUGGUGGUGGCCAUCGUCUUGGCCGUCCUGGGUUUACUGGUGGCCAUCGUGGGCGCCCAGUGCACCCGCUGCGUGGAGGAUGAGAGCACCAAAGCCAAGAUCACCAUCGUCUCUGGCGUCAUCUUCCUCCUCUCCGGCGUCAUGACCCUCAUCCCCGUCUCCUGGUCGGCCAACACAAUCAUCCGGGAUUUCUACAACCCGCUGGUGAUUGACGCGCAGAAGCGGGAGCUGGGCACCUCGCUCUACGUGGGCUGGGCGGCCUCCGCGCUCCUGCUGCUGGGGGGGGCCCUGCUCUGCUGCUCCUGCCCCCCCAAAGAUGACAGGUACCCCACCGGCAAGGUGGCCUACUCUGCCCCGCGCUCCGCUGUCACCAGCUACGACAAGAGGAACUAUGUCUGAGCCCCCCCGGCACCCCCCGGCAUCCCACCCCCCCACCCCCCCCACCCUGGGAUCCUCAUCGCCCUCUAUGGGGACCGGGGACAGUGGCAUCCGGGCGGGGGGGGGCGCGAAGGAGGGGACGGGGACAGCUGCGGGGUCAGGGCCGGGCUGUGUAAAUAGAGACGGUUUCGGUUAAACAAGAGGUGGUUUCGGGGCGGCGGGGGAAGCGGCGCCCGGCGUGCCCCUGCCCGCGCCGAUGGGGCAGGAUGGGGACGGGGAUGGGGACGGUGCCUCCCCCUCAGUGUCGUCCCCCCCCCACCACCACCAUAGCCAGCGGCCGGGCACCCGCCCGUCCCUGUUACGCGUGGUCUGUACCGGUUACAUUUGUCAAUAAACGUGUCCUG